UAUUCGACUAGCAGCUAUCUGAGAACGGCGUUGACCCGCAGUUGACUUGCUCUUUUGAUCCUUUUGAUCCUCGAACCCGGGGCCUGAUCAGGAUGUCGCUCUUUUAUGCCCUGGCCCUUCUGGCCAACCUCUGUCUGGUGACCGCGCAGACCUUCACCAACUGCAAUCCCAUGAACAAAACCUGUCCCGCCGACCAAGCCUUAGGCACCAACCACACCUGGUAUUUCAACAGCACCCUCGAUGACACCAUUUGGAAUGUCACCAAUGGCGAAAUCGCCUACACCGAUGAAGGCAUCAACUUCACCAUCGCCAAGAAGAUGCAGUCGCCCACCAUGCAAUCGAACUUCUACAUCUUUUUCGGCAUCGUCGAAUCCCACGUCAAGAUGGCCAAGGGGGGCGGGAUCGUCAGCAGUGUGGUGAUCCAGUCGGAUGAUCUGGACGAGAUUGACUGGGAGUGGGUGGGAUACAACACGAGCGAGGUGCAAUCCAACUACUUCGGCAAGGGCAACGACACGUCCUUUGGCCGGGGUGGCUUUCAUUACGUACCCAACGCCGACACCGAAUUCCACAACUACACCACCUACUGGACGAGUGACAAACUGGAAUGGUGGAUCGAUCAGCAAUUGGUCCGCACCCUCAACUACGCCGAUGCCGUGGGGGGCAAGAACUUUCCCCAAACCCCCAGCAACAUCCGCUUCGGCAUCUGGCCCGCCGGCGAUCCCAGUCAGCCUCUGGGCACCAUCGAGUGGGCGGGUGGUGAAGUCGACUACGACGCGGGUCCCUACAACAUGGUGGUCGAAAAAGUCCGCGUCCAUGACUUUCACACGGGCAAGGAGUAUGAAUACACGGACCACUCCGGUUCCUGGGAGAGCAUCAAAGUCGUUUCGGGCAACUCCACCACCGUAAAAGAGCUCAACAAAACCCCCCCGAAAUCCCUCUCCCAGAAAUGGAACGAGCUCCCAUCCGGCGCGAAAAUCGGCAUCGGCUGUGCCAUUGCCGCCGUCGGAGCCAGUGCCCUCGCCGGAUUCAUCUUCUUCUGCCUGCGACAGCGCAAGACGGGCCGUCUCGAGCACGCCCUAGACGACGCCAAGUGGAACACGGAACGCACCGAGAUGAACAACUACCAGUCCGAGUGGAAGCAAAGCGAAUGGCGACACAAAGGAUAUCAACCGGUCCAAUAGCCCGAGACACCCCCACCUUGU